AUGUUGCCCACCUUUGUCCGGCGCGGGCAUCGACGCCCGAUGCUCCUGUCGCUCCUUUCGCUGCUGGCGGUGCUCGCCCUGCUUCUGCCCACCAGCAGCGCGAUGGAGCCACCUCCGCCUUCGUGGUUCGGCAGCGGUCCUGCCGAGUUCGGCGAGUACCUUGGACGACAGUUCGGCGACCACGUCGGUCCUGCUCCUCCCGCCGAUGCGUCGGCCGACGUCGAUACGGCCCUCAAGCUCGCCGUCGAACCGUCCUCCUACCAUCUGGCGUACCCCAACCCUUACCGCGUCGACACUUCCCUCAGGAUCGGUCGUGGCCCUUCGUCGUCGCGCCAAGGCGCAGGCCCGGGACGCUUCGACAGCGACAGCCUGCGCUAUCCGCUCUCAACCGAGGGACCUUCGCACCAGCUCGACGACGCCGAUCUUUACCACGACCCUGUCCAUCCAUCGCGCUGGCGGCUCGCCCAUCCUUUGCACCCCGAUCCGCCUCACGGCCCGCAGCAAUACCGCCAGGACAGCCCCGCCUCCGUCGACGAAGCCGUCGCGCUGCCUAUCCGCUCUCCGGAGUUGGUGCGCAGCUCGGAGUCAGAAAACGGAGGCGAUCCCGCCUCCGCGCAAGGGAUGGAGGAGCCUUCGGACCAGUUGUCGUGGACGGCCGAGCACGGCCCUGAAGGGACCGUCCGCCUCAGCGGCGAGACUCGGAGCGCUCGUCUGCGGGCCCGCCCUGCCAGGUUCGUGAGUCCAGAAGCGAUCCCCAUGGACGGCAGGGCCGGCUGGGUAUGGGGUAAUCCCGACCUCUUCGCCGAGGCGCAGACCGAAGUCAUUGAGCGACUCGCCGACCAUCUCGAGCCGGGAAGCGACCCCAAAGCGGCGCUCGGCACCUUGAUCGACUUCAAGCCCAUGAUCGGUCGUCCCAACAUGCGGCAGUACGUGCGCAUCCGCAAGUCCCCGAGCCACCGCACGGGCGACCGGAACAAGGCGGUGCUCUUCAAGGACAUCAUGACGCCGAACUAUCGGAUCUACUUUCAGGAAGACAUCGAGCGAUCGCACGAGCUCUGGAAGCACGGCCGCGCGAUCAAGGUUUUCUCGAUCAUCGCGGUGCCCUGGUCUCGGGACUCGUCUCAUCCCAAAACGCUCGUCGGCGAGGUCGCCGUGCUCCCCGAGCUCGCCUUCAAGCGCGGCAGCAUGCCCAAGAAGCCGUUCAAGCUCGUCGAGGAUCCUCGUGGACCGUUGUUUGGCUGA